AUGGAAAUUCCUAAAAUACCCCUGCCUAAGAUUGUGACAGCUGUCCAUUUCCUUGAUUUUUCCUCUGCCUUCAUCUCACCACUCUCCAAUCUUCCAUUCUCCCCUCUUUUCUCCAAUUGCGCUGCACCGAAUUUCUCGACCUUCACUUCGGUUACUGAAGAGCAGUUGGCGGCACUCUUUCUUAACUGUGGCCAGGUUGUUGAUUGUCGUGUUUGUGGGGACCCUAAUUCUAUUCUCCGGUUUGCCUUCAUUGAGUUUACAGACGAAGAAGGUGCAAGGGCUGCUUUGAACCUGUCUGGAACCAUGCUUGGAUAUUACCCGUUGAGAGUGCUACCUUCAAAAACUGCUAUUGUCCCUGUUAAUCCAACAUUUUUGCCCAGGUCUGAAGAUGAAAGGGAGAUGUGUUCAAGAACAAUUUAUUGCACAAAUAUUGACAAGAAGCACAGGGUGGAGGGAAAAAAACUGGUCAAUACUAAAGGCAUGUUACGGGCUGCAAGUAUGGUAUCAAUCUGGCUAAAAGUAUGCUGGAACAUCACUCGAAAGGGAUCCUAGAUUCUAACAAACCAAAGAAAUUUCUGGAAGAUUUUCGAAUUGGCAAGCUCAUCACAGGUUGGCAAGAUAGAAACAGAGAAAAUGCUUAUUCAAAUGGUUGAAACUGAGUUGGAGAAGAGAAAGCAACAGGGCACAUAUAAAGGAGGAUUUAGGGGGCAGUCCCACUUUUUUGGGUACUCCGUCUAUUUUAGAUAUAUCAUUCUUAGAGUUGUAAGGUUUGAUAAUAUGAUUCGCUAUGAGACAGAAAAAUAUGAAAAGGUCCUAUGGUUCUGCUUCAGGAUUUACCUUCAAGUUUGAGCUGGAUUAAAAUUCUUUUGACCAUACAUUUGCUAAUGGCAUCUCUAUCUUUGGUUAGAAUUUGUAGUCACAUGUACUCUUUUAAAAU